AUGUCGCGUGUUGGAGUUCUAGUUUUGGGUCCCGCAGGCGUGGGAAAGUCCACUUUCUGCAAUUCCAUCAUUGCCCACAUGCAAUCGAUAGGAAGAAGAGCUCAUAUCGUCAACUUGGAUCCCGCAGCAGAAGCCACCGAAUAUGAAUUCACCAUUGAUAUCAGAGACUUGAUUUCGCUUCAAGAUGUUAUGGAAGAAAUGGAUAUGGGCCCGAACGGUGGGCUAGUUUAUUGUUUCGAGUACCUCUUAAACAAUUUAGACUGGUUGGACGAAGAAAUCGGUGACUACAAUGAUGAGUACUUGAUAUUCGAUUGUCCCGGCCAGAUCGAGCUCUACACCCACGUACCUGUAUUGCCUACUAUUGUUCGCCAUCUCCAAACAUCGUUGAACUUCAAUUUGUGCGCCACGUAUUUGUUGGAGGCUCCGUUUGUCAUUGACCGCUCCAAGUUCUUCUCUGGAGCUUUGAGUGCCAUGUCGGCUAUGAUCUUACUCGAAUUGCCACAUAUCAAUAUUUUAUCCAAGACAGAUUUGAUCAAGAAUGAAGUUUCCAAAAAGCAGCUCAAGCGAUUCCUAAAUCCAGAUCCGCUAGUCUUGGAGUCUGAUCCCGACAAACAGCUCAACCCCAGAUUCACUCGUUUAAACAAAGCCAUUGCUCAAUUGGUGGAUGACUUCGGCAUGGUUCAAUUUCUUCCUUUGGAUUGUUCAAAGGAUAGCACGUCCGUUGCGACAAUUUUGAGUUACAUCGAUGAUGUUACCCAAUGGUCGGAAAGUCAAGAACCGAAAGAGCCAGUGGACGAGCUCGAAAUUGAAGAUGAUGAUUAA